CACUCCUCUUACAAGAGUUCAUGCUACAACAUAGCAAAGAACUUUAAAUUUUUGGAAGAACAGUAUAUUCAUUUUGGCAUUGUGCAGAGUGAAGUGAACUCGGUGGCCUCUCCUUCUCCACCCCUCAAAAUGAUAGCAACCUCUGCCGUCGGUGGUGCGCUCCUGUUCUCCCUGCUCUGUGAAGCAAGUGCUGUCGUCUCACUCAAUUCCGCUGACUCAUCCCCGCCAACCAAUAAUUUCACUGAUAUUGAAGCAGCUCUAAAAGCACAACCAGAGUCUGCGGAUAUCCCCAAAGCCAGGCGGAAGCGCUACAUUUCACAGAAUGACAUGAUCGCCAUUCUUGAUUUUCAUAAUCAAGUUCGGGGCAAAGUGUUCCCACCUGCAGCAAACAUGGAAUAUAUGGUUUGGGAUGAAAAUCUUGCAAAAUCUGCAGAGGCUUGGGCAGCUACUUGCAUUUGGGACCAUGGACCUUCUUAUUUACUGAGAUUUCUGGGCCAAAAUCUGUCUGUACGAACUGGAAGAUACCGCUCUAUUCUCCAGUUGGUCAAGCCAUGGUAUGAUGAAGUGAAAGAUUAUGCUUUUCCGUAUCCACAAGACUGCAACCCCAGAUGUCCUAUGAGAUGUUAUGGCCCUAUGUGCACACAUUAUACACAGAUGGUUUGGGCCACCUCCAAUAGGAUUGGAUGUGCAAUUCAUACUUGCCAAAACAUGAAUGUUUGGGGAUCUGUAUGGCAACGCGCAGUUUACUUGGUAUGCAACUAUGCCCCAAAGGGCAAUUGGAUCGGAGAAGCGCCAUAUAAAGUAGGGGUACCAUGUUCAGCUUGUCCUCCAAGUUAUGGGGGAUCUUGUACUGACAAUCUUUGUUUCCCAGGAGUGAUGUCAAACUACUUAUACUGGUUUAAAUAAGCUUACCUUUUCCUCCAGGAAAUAUAAUGGUUUCUGGGAAUCACAGGCAUAAAUAUAUUGAAUUUUGCACAUAUUAUACAUAUCUUAUGAUAAUCUCGUUUUCCUUUUACUAUUGAUUUGUAAAAAUUAGUAUUUGGUAUGUUUGUUUAAUCCUUUGAGGUAAUCAAAACAUCUAUUUCUAUUUUCUGACCUCCAAGCCUAAAUUACAAUAGUGUGUAUGUAUUGAUGAUAUAGUGGAUGCAUCCAAUUCCAAAACUAGCUUUCUAAAGGAGUUAUGUUACUAUGGUCCUAUAUUAAGGAUUAAUAACCACACUUUAUUUCCACUGGCAUCACUGUUUGCCAACAAUAGUCAGCUUUCAAUCUCAAGAUGUAUACUUUAGUACCACUUAUCAGCAACAAGUAGCUAGAAUGAUAAGAGUGAGUUAAUGCAGAAGGGUAUUAAAAGUACACUUCUGGAUAUAUACAUUUCUUUCUGGGAUAAAUUAAAAUUGGUUGACCAAAAGAUUUUGUAAAUUAAAGUUGAAAUUAGUUGUGUUGUUGCUCUUCAGGGUUGGCUGAGGCUAAGAAAUAUAAUAUGGGUUUUCUGCCUUUUUUCUCUUUUUAAGUCUCCUUUGUAUUGCUCUUAACUAGAACCACUGAAUGCAAAUACAUUAGCAGUCAUUUAGAUACUCCUCCCAGGCUAGCUUCUGUCUAGAUUGAUAUAGGUCUAUAUUUCUAAACCAAGUUGAAGAAUAAUUUUCUGUUCUCAAUUAAGUUUGGUUAUAUAUAGAAAGCUGCUAAAUCAAAGUCACUAUGGAAAUUUCACUCAGGCAAUUUGGAAAUACAAGAUUUCCUCAUUCAAGAAAUCUCAGAGAGAAGAACCCAACAUAUGGGUUAAGACACUAACAUUACAUUUUAAAUGUUUGUGUUUGUGUGUUUUAUUCAGGUUAUGUAAUGCUUCCACAGAAUUACAGAACAAGUAAAUAUGGUUAAUUCCAGAAUAUAAGUAACAGAAAGAAACUACUUGUUUAAAAUUCCCUACACGUUUGCAGUUUCUUAGGGUAGAUGCAUUUAAAGAUGACAGAUAGUUAAUUAAAUCCAUUCAAAGGAGAAGACUCAAUCAUCUGGAAACUAGGUUUACAUGAUGACAAACAAUUGGCUUGAUUACUUUUACAAAAUACGGUGACCAAAUGUUUAGAUACCAUACUACUCUGCCUUUGUGGGUAUAUGUAUAGAUCCUAUUAAAAAUAAAUAUUUUGAGAAAAUAAAAUGAAGAACCAAAGUAAUUUUAUGAUUCAGUUUCCAAUCUAACUUUUAUCUAGUCUAUCUAAGUAAUUGGAGGGGAAAGACAUUAGCAGGACAUUUGCUCAAUUUAUCUAGAAAACAGUUCCCAUCCUCUACUUUGCUAUUUUAGACUGUUCUCAGUUCCAGUUCUGUUGCUGGUUUGCUUGUGUGGCUUGGUUUCUCAGUUCUAAAGAGCAAUAAUACUUGCUACAUAUUUCAGAGAAGUUCCUAUGAAGGUAAAAUUACCAUACUAGUAGAAAUUGAUGUAUAUUAAAACUAUCAUCAAUAUUAUGCAGCUUUUACUUGAGAUAAAAUUAAAUUUUUCAUGAGCUCCUCUUUCACAGGAAUGCCAAUUCUUCAUACUUAUCCCAUCUUCUUCUGUAGUAGCUGCAAUGUAAUAAAUAUUUGCAUGAAUAGUUUUUUUUAGAUUUUAGCUAAGCUGAGGCAAAUUUAGAAGAAUCUCACUUUUCAAUUCUUUAUUAAGACAAAAGUAUCUUACCUAAAAAGUUUUGAAUAUCACAAAAAUCCAGAUAUAUCAUCAAACAUACCAGAUUAAGUCUAGUGUCUGUAUACUUAGAAUUUACACUAUAAGUUUAUUUAUAAUUUAACAAUUGUGCUGAAAAUAGAACCAGUAUAUUUUUUACUCUAUUUCUACUUUUUAAAAAUAGUAAUACAAACUGGCCAUGUGAAAUGUUUCAUUUUCCAGGCUAAGGCAAAUGAAAGUUUGCUAGUCUCAACACAGUGUGUGAUAUAUUUCAUGGCAUGCAACAAUGGUGCUAGGAUAGCUAUUUCUCAAUGUAAUUCCCAUAGGCAGAGAGGGUCUGGGUAUCAGCUAUUUUAUAAGAGCAACUUUAAGGAGCCAACACUGAGGCCUCAUUUGGAAAGCUUCAUUCAAAAGAAACAGUAAUUGGCAUACAUAUUCUACAGCAUUGGUCUUCUUUAUGGCAUAGGUCUUUAUUCAAUAGAAAAGUCAAAAUGGUCUGUCACAUUAUAGAUUUUUUUGUUGUCCAUAUCAUCAAAAGCCUGGAAAAUCUUUUAUUUUAGCUACUGAACUGGUGGAUUUCUGCUUAGAAUUUUGUAAGUUGUGUAGACACAGUCUUAAUGUUCCUUAUUAUGAUAGAUAAGCUUGCUUUAAAAAUGUGGAAGAAAUGAUUACUAUCAUUUUUGCUUCUGUUCAGUGGUUUAAGCAUUGUCACUUUUGUGGCUUAUCAGAGCUGUCCUACAGAUUUCAUUUGGCAGUUCUAUAAAAGGACAGUUUAUGCAGCUUUAGCAUAAAGUAGACCAAACACUGUGAGAAGUUGAACCACUACAAUUGACUUGGAAUAUUUGAAUUGAAAUAACAUACAUUUUUCUCAUUUGCACAUGCUUGGGCAAAUCCAAUACAUAUUUAAUACAUAUUCUAACCCAGUUUAAGAGUUUUGUGUUCACACCCUGCUUAUUAAAUAAAUGUACAAGCUAAGUGGAUAAUCUGAAUGUGUCCAUGAAGGAAAAGUAAAUUUAGACUUUGGUUUAUGUGCUCCCUCCGUGUAACAGCAUUUCCCUAGCUUGCUUAGUAUCAUGGGAGACAAAUCUUGAUAUUGGAUGGAAGCCUUUACCUACCAAAGUGCCGAGGGAAAGUCAAGUCUAAUAUUUCCUUGCUUUUAUAUGUCAUUUUGUAUGUGAAGUCAAUAUUAUUCAGAUUUAGGCCUUAUAUACCAAGACAUAUUUAAACACAUGUAAAAUGAUUUUAAAAAUUUAUGCCAGGUCUUAUGUUGACUUAUGAAAGGCCAAUCAGAAACAGAGAGUUUAAGAAUUCACUGGUUAAUGGUGCUGGAAACACAUUAUAACCAUCACACCCUCACAAUAAUUUUGAGAUUUCUUUGCAAUUAAAGUUUUCAUUAAGUGUAUACUAUCAGAAUCGACUUUGGUGCUAAACAUGUGGUGCUAAAUGAAAUGUUAGUGUUCAUAGCUUUACUAAUGUGCUUUUUCAUUCACUGUUAAAAGUUUAGCUUUUGUCCAUUUGAUUCCUGAUUCAGGCCAGUGAACUACAUUCUUUAUCUGAUAGCCCAACACUUUUUAGAUGUAACAGAAUGUAAAUGUAUUUCUUUAGAAGUUAUCGGUUUUCUUUUUUUAGACUUGUUGUUUUUUAGCUUGGCAAUGUCCAAGUUAAAAUGUCACCCAAGUGUGUAAUACACCUACACCCACCAUGCUGCAGGCACUGGCGCCCUCUGGUGGUUAUGAAACAAAUUCUUGAUGACUACUUUGCGUACAACAAAAGCCAGUUUGGUGCAAUAAAAAUCUAAGUUGCACAGUAUUAGAAUUCUCUGAUACUCCCUAAAUCUGAUAGUAGUUAAAACUCCUUGAUCCUAAUGACAUACUUUCCUAAGAGAAUAAAAGAGUGAAGUGUCCUGGCAUCCACUUUCCUGAACAGCAAUGUUUUAUGUGAUUUUCCAAUUCUGAAAGCUUAUUAAAGCUUUCUUGAAUAAGUCUUGUAAAAUAUUUUUUCCAUUUGGCUUACAUCAUAAUUAUGAUUAAAAUUACAAUUAGCAAACAGCAUUUACAAUUGUCUUACUUUCAAAAGCAAUAAUUUAUUUUUAUUUAAUAUAGGGACAAGAUAAAAGGAGAUAUAUUGAAAUAAUAAUUAAUUCCAUAUAUAAUAGAAUGAUCUCCCCUCCUUUAAUUGUUAGUCUAGAAUUCGACAAUAUUAUUCAUUCAGUUGACUGGGCUAAUGAUAAAAUUUAAUUAUUUCAUUCUGAGUCCUUCCAGUCUAACAAAUGUUGUACACAUAAGCUUGGAAUUAUAUCACCUGUAAUUAAUGAGGGCAAUGUUUUUAGUUAAACUUUCAGUUGAACUAUUUAAUUGACUGAAUGUGGUAAUCUUCUUUGACAGAAAUGUUUCUUAAACCAUAUUAGCAUAACCAAAUAAAAUAGCUUUGAAGCAGUUUUCUAAAUUAGUAUUUUCAAAUUUAUUUUAAAGCAAUAUAUUCUUUUUUACAAUCAAAGUCAUAUGCAAAACCCCAGCAUAUGAAACAUAGGGUCUAUCCCAUCCAGGUCCCCCCAUAUUUUCUAAAACAAUUAGCUAAUUAAAGCAAAAAAAAGAAAAAAAAAAGGCCUAAAUUAUUUGAAUGUUCUUUUAAAUACCCACUUCACUUUGCAUAUGUUUGAAGACUCUCAGUUUCAUGGAAAAUCAAAUGCUGAGCUAAAAUGGUGCUUGGUUACAUAUAACAGCUUCUUGUGUUUUGUUAUUUGACAAACAGAAUUUUGGUACUACUUUGAGAAUUAGAGAUAAUUGUGGUGCACAUAUCAAAGCAAUAUGUUUUUAAAAAUCUAAAUAUGUUUCAAGUAUUUAUAUAUUCCUAAAAUAUACUGUCAUUUAAGAUGUUUUUUUAAAAAAACAGUUUAAUUUGCAUAACUGUUAUUCAUUGCUUAUCACUGUAGCAAUGAAGAUGACUUCACUGUUGUGAUAUUAUGUCAUGAAUGUGUAAUUACAAACAAACUGUGUAAACUUCUGUCCUUAUGGAGCAUAAGAAAUGUAGCUUUUUGAGUUCCACGGUAUUAUUUUUCUUCAAUAAAUAAUUACAUUUAA